CCCACCCCCGAGUUAAUUACAAUAUAUACCCUUCAUCGAUCACGCGAUUCACACCAUUUUUGGAGCUCUCAUCUGCGAUUUGUUUCCCUUUGGGGAGAAAAGGAAUUUUUGUUUUCCCCUAUUUAUUGUGGUGCUGGGGUUUCCAGGAACAGUAACUGUGGCGAAAAAAGCUGACUGAAACCAGAAGUUUCUGGAUUGUUCGUUGAGGAAUUCUCGACGCGAAAUCCGAGGUUUUGGGAGUGUUGAUCCAUGGAGAAUCGGAGGCGCCGGAACUGGGAGAGCAAUAGAAGGUCACAGAACAGAAGGCCGCCCCGUGGUUCGUGUAAUUGGCAGCCUAUUGUGCCUUCAUGGGAGAAAGAAUUUUGCAGAGUAGUCGGCUCACUGGACUGGGAAACACUUCUGCAAAUGAAGAAAUUUGUGCACCUCUACGAAAACAUACUCAAGUGGGACGACUCUGCGGUCGAAGAGGCAUUCUCCAAUGCUAAGAAGCGCUUUUGGGCCGAAAUAAACGGACUUCCCUGUGACAUAUCUUUGCCCGAUCCUGAUCAAUAUAUUGACACAGUUGAUUGGGACUCGCAAACUAAUUAUGUGCCCGAUCUUGAAUCAGAACCCGUGAUUUCUAAUCCAGAUCAAGAACAUGAUCCGGUCAUUAUCUUUGGUGAUUCUCUUCUCCCAAACCAAGCAUACUCGAGUACAGGCUGGGGUGACGAGGAAGAGAAUUUCAAACUUCCCGCUAAUUCUUCCUCAGCGAAUAACAAUGGUGCUGAGUGGGAACAAAACUGGGGCGAUUCGUUUGACAACGUGGUUCCAAUUGGAUGGUCGGGUGAUUCUAUUAAUGCAUGCCACUUUGUUAAUGAAGAUGGGUGGAAUAAUAAUGACUGUGGUUGGAAUAAUGACAGUAAUACUAAUAAUAAUAAUACGAUUCGUGAAGUGGGACCCGCUACUGCGCACAAAGUUGUUAGUAGACAGGUGCCGAGUGGCAGGGCAUGGGGAGCUCAAGGGCAGGAUCGUCACAGAAAUAAUAAUAUAUCGAGGAAUCAAAAAGCGACACGUGUCGAGCGAGAGAAUCCGAGGGAGUGGAAUUCGUUUACUUCUUGUGGGCCCGCGAGUCGUAAUGCUGCAAUAACGGUUGGACAGAAAUGGAAUCGGUAGAAGAGUUCAAGAGUUGCUACCUGUUUUUGUUUGCUGAAUUAAAUUCAUUCUAUUUGUGCCUUUAUUAAGUAGGAUAUACCGUCGCCUAGCUUAGCAAACGUAUGUGUAUUAUAUUUCCCCCCGAAAUUUUGAGGAUAAUUUUUGGAUAUUUGGGGAGAAAUUGUACCAUAUAUAUAGGGUACAUCGUUUUUGUUUGAUGUUCGUUCGGAAGUUGAGAUGCUCGUUGUUCGUUUUCUGGUACAGGCACUGUUUGUUUUUGUGUGGUGUUUUAUCAUAAAUGGCUUAAUUUUGGAUGCAAUUUAUAUUUUCUUG